AGCCCCCCGGCGUUGUGGGCUGAGCUCCAAUGUGGCCAAAUUGAAAUCCGCUGGAAUAAUGGCGUCGAGAAAACGCAGUGCAGUGUGGCCGUAUUUUCAGGACGGCGUGGAUCCCAAUAAGGCGACGUGCCUGGUGUGCUCGGAAACCAUCCAGCACUGUGGUAAUACCAGCAACCUGCUGAAGCACCUGCGAUCGAAGCACCAGGCGGAAUUUGCCGACGUCGAGGCGAAGAGAAGGCCGUUUGAGGGGGCAUCGGUGACGGCUUUCCACCAUGCAAUGGAGACCGGGGAUUAUCCAGAAAUGCUGGAUUCCGUAGCGGUAGAAGAAGACGCAAAACACGAGAGAUUCGCGGAGGAGGCGCCGACCGCUGGGGACGCCGGUGCCGCCGCCGAGACCUGCUACCUGUCCGGAGCCACGUCCAAAAAGCGGAGCGCCGUGUGGACCUACUACCAGGACGACGAGGACGGCAACAAAGCGCUGUGCCUCAUAUGUCUGGAGAACAUCCAGCACCGCCGCAACACUAGCAAUUUGCUGAAACAUUUACGGAAAAGACACCCUGCCGAGUACGCCGAUGUGGAGGACAGGACAAAAAGGCGACAGGUGGAGGAUGGAGUGAUCGCCGCGCCGCCCUGCGCUUUUAAGCACCAGGCGACUUUGCAAAACACUUGUAGAAACGCCACGAAAUAUCCAGAUAUACUGGAGGUUAUAACUGUUGGGCAGUCUGAACAGGAGCAGAUCAGAAGGGCCUUGGAACAGGAGGCUAGGGCACUGGAGAGAGAGAGGGAGUUGACAGAGCAGCUGAGGAGAGCCCAGGAGCAGGAGGCCAGGGCUUUGGAACAGCAGAGGGCGCUAACGGACCAGUUAAGGAGGGCGCAGGAGGAGGAGAUGAAGAGAGCACGCGAGCUAGAAGCUGGAGUGCUGCAGCGGGAGAGGCAGGCGAUCGAGCAGCUGAGGAGGGCCCAGGAGCAGGAGUCCAUGGCCAUAGAGAGAGAGAGGGAGGCGUUGGCGCGGAUGAGAGAGGAGCUGGAGCGGGACCGGCGGCUCUUCCGGAGGCAGAGAGAGGCUGCAGGACAGGGCAGCCAGGGGGAGGUGACACUCAAAACUGAGAAUGCGGACCCUGGGCUGGAGGUGACGACGUGAAGGGAAGGGAGAGCGCGGACUCAACCACCGGCGACGGUACGACACCGGGUGAGACAGCUUCAGAACCCGGACAGUGGAAGGAGGGAGCGUUCCUGGGCUUUCCAUCCUGAAUCCAGCCGGUCUCCCAUUGCUGCCAGGCCAGCUAAUGCUGAAUCCAGCCCGACUUGAGAGGAACCCACACGACUCUGGAAUAAGGCCUAGACUAUGUGCCCAGAGCUGUCCAGUCUGGGUGAAUGUGAAUUGUAAUAUGCUCUGUACAACAUUAGUUUUUUUUUAGAAAUAAAUUCAUUUGAACUUGA